AUGUCUGACGUUACAUUUCAACGCCGAGCCGAAUGGGCUCCCCAAAAGGGGAUCAUCAUGGGCUGGCCAGGCUUGAACGGAGUCCUCGGGGAUCAUCCAGACAGACUGGUCAAAGCAACCAAAGAGGUCUCAAGCCUCGCCGCCGCCAUCGCCCAGUUUGAGCCCGUCACCAUGAUUGUGGGAUCCGAGCGGCUCGAAGAAGCCCAAGCACAGUUCGCCGAGGUUGAUACCCCCUUCGAUAUCAAAGUGCAACCUAUCAAAGGAGAUAGCAUGGAUGUGUGGUUGAGAGAUUUUGCUCCCGUUUUUGUGAUCAAGAACGGCCCCGGUGCCGAUCGCAGCCUUGUCGGCCUUGAUUAUAACUUCAAUGGCUGGGGCGGCAGGUAUCCCACGGAUACUAUCGUUGGCUUCGCCAAAACGCUCCUGAAAGACUUUGACCUUGAGCGCAUCGGGACCUCUAUCGUGACUGAGGGAGGUGCGCUCGAGACCGACGGCGAUGGGACUCUCUUAGUAACAGAGAGCUCCAUCGUCAAUGACAACCGCAAUCCCGGCAAGUCUCGCCAGGAGAUUGAAGAUGAGCUCGUUCGUACUCUCGGCGUUGAAAAGGUCAUCUGGAUUCCGGGAAGGCCCGGGCUGGACGCGACGGACUGCCACAUUGAUGCCCUCGCGCGCUUCGUCCGCCCUGGCGUCAUCCUUCUCAGCAAGACGAACGAGGUGAAGCCCACCGACUGGACAGUUGUCUAUGAGGAGGCAUUGGAUAUUCUCAGCUCCUCAACCGACGCAAAGGGCCGUCCGUUGGAAGUCAUUGAGGUGGAGGAGCCUGACGAGGAAGUCUUUGAGGGCGGAGGAUUCAACGAUCGUCGCGCCGUGCGAAGCUAUGUCAACUAUCUGCUGGUCAAUGGAGGCGUGAUCCUGCCUCAGUUUGGUGACCCAGCUCAUGAUGCUGCAGCUAUUCGGACUACGCAGAGGGUCUUUGGAGAUGAGCGAAGAAUCUGCCCUGUUCUUAUUGAGGAGCUGCCCACACAGGGUGGCGGCGUUCACUGCACGACGCAGGAGAUUACAUUAUUCCCCUGA